AUGUUUGAAUAUACCGGAAGUAAACCUGCAAAAAAAUUGUUUUUGGACUAUAAUCCAAAUGUUUUGCCUCAGGAAAAUAAAUCGACGCCAGUCAACGUUACACUUGAUAUGUUUCUGAUGUCUGUUGACAACAUUGACGAGAAAAGACAAACAAUUACGAUCAAAGCUUAUCUGGAAAUGAAAUGGAGAGAUGCCUUUCUCACAUGGGAUCCUGUAAAAUAUCCAGGAGUUUCUAGAAUUAGUGUUAAAAAUACUGAUAUAAGGAUUCCGGAUGUUGUAUUGACUGACACGUCUGAUAAACUGACUGAGUUAGGACAAGGUGAUGUAAAAGCUGAUGUGAAAAGUGAUGGCUUGGUAACCAUCUGGCUUUACAAGUUAUAUACAGUUAAAUGCAAAAUUUCGUUCGCAAAGUUUCCAUUCGAUAAACAGAAAUGUGAAUUUGCGUUCGCUUCCUGGAGCCUUACGACAUCUGUUCUUGUUUGA